AUGUCCUGCAGGAAUUCAGAGAACGAGGUGUACUUUCGAGCAUCAGUUACUCCAUUGAAGUCCAGAGAUGCUCCUGUAGUGGAUGAAAGUGGAAAUUCCCUCUGCGGAAUUCAGAAAAAAACUGAUGAAUUCAAAAUUGAUUUCUCUGGUGAUCUGUUCUGGAGUUGUGGUGUCCAGGACUGCUCCAGUGAUUCUGAAAAAUUUUACUGUCUCAAUUUGCGAUUUCCAGCGAUUCCUGGACUUCGGCUCAAGCACGACACGAAAGUUCUGCUGAGAUGUAGAACUCAGGAACGAAUUACUUCUCAUAUCAAACGGUUUAACGUUAAAACUAUUGAUUCAUCUGCUAGAAUGGCAGUUAGAGUUGCUACCGGUGGCCAUAAGAAUUCAUUCGAGACGGAGAUCGGUUUGUAUCGAAAAUCACUUGGAUCGGAACAACUGUUCGAUUCUAGAAUCCAACCCGGGGGAACCGUUAUCCUCGGAGAGGAGGUCCUGUUGAGAGCUGUUGUCCGUGAUGGUGAUGGCUGGAAAUAUUCGAAAAUCAGUGAUGUAACGGUUAAUUUCGUGGAGAACAAGCGCCAGAAAAGGAUUAUGAAUAGCGUCUGGAUCCUGGAUUCAAAUGGUUGUUUAAAUCCCGAAGUCCGGGAGAUCAGCUCUCGAGAGCAGUCCAGGGUUUCGCCUCUCGAGAGUUACUUGAUUUUCGAGGCCUUCAUGUUCGAUACAAUGAGGGAAACCGACGAAUUAAUUAUGAAUGUGAAAAUCACUGGGUGCCUGGAGGGCGGUGAUUGCAUCCUCAAUUGUCCUGGGAGUCAUGUGAGGAAGACCAGAAGCCUGGAGCCCUCACAAAAUGGCACCGUAGAUUGGCUGAAUGACAUUUCCUUCAGAGUUGCGCUACCACAGACUAAAAAUUCGAAAUUCCCCAGUCAAACUCACAUGGUUAUUCCUUAUAUACUGUCUUCCCUAAUUCUCGUUGCUAUAGCGGCAUUAAUAUGCGCCAUAAAAAUCGUGAAGAAUCAGAGGACUGAGCGGAUUCUCAUCUAA